UCCGUGGAGUCUCGCGCACGACGACGAGCUCAAGGCCCCAACAAAGGCAUGUAAAAAUCACUUGUCACUGAUAAGUUGUGUCGUUAAAUUUGAAGUUUUUCUAGAAACAAAUAAUAUCAUCCAGCUCAGUGCGUCACAAGCGAAAACGUGCACCUUCCUGUCUCGAAAAUAUAAACGGUCGCUUGAGUCACGUUGAAGGCAGACGUUUAGAAGGCGGCCAUCUUGCAAUCCCUAAUCAAAGACUCAGCCUAGCGGGUUUCGUUGUCUGGUUUUUGGCCAGUUAAUAUCAACACACAGUUCGUCAAAUGGCUUUAAAACGAAUUAAUAAGGAACUUCAGGACCUAGGAAGGGACCCACCAGCACAAUGCUCGGCUGGCCCCGUAGGUGAUGAUUUAUUCCAUUGGCAGGCAACAAUUAUGGGACCACCUGACAGCCCUUAUCAAGGAGGAGUCUUUUUUCUUACAAUUCACUUUCCCACAGAUUAUCCAUUUAAGCCUCCUAAGGUUGCUUUUACUACAAGAAUCUAUCACCCUAAUAUUAACAGUAAUGGAAGUAUUUGUUUGGAUAUAUUGAGAUCGCAGUGGUCUCCCGCACUUACUAUAUCAAAAGUGUUAUUAUCGAUAUGCUCUCUGCUGUGCGAUCCAAAUCCAGAUGACCCUCUGGUACCAGAGAUAGCAAGGAUAUAUAAAACAGACAGAGAGAAGUACAACGAGUUGGCACGAGAAUGGACGCGCAAGUAUGCCAUGUGAUGCGCCAAUAUCCACUGAUUUCAAGACCCAAACACCACCGUCAAGCAACCCCAACCUAAACGCCACUUACAGAUCAGCACCAAUUAAACCUAGCUAUGACUCGUCUGUUCUUAAAGUUCCCGCUGUGAAUCAAGCCGCAGAGUGCUCAGGCGAAUUGCGAUUUCUCAAAGUUCCCUUUGCCUUGGGUACCCUGCGGAUUGCAAAAUGGCGCCGAAGACGUUCGAGGCAAUUUUUCAGGUGGUCAUUUUCAAUCGCAUAUAAAUAUAUGUAUGUAUAAAUAAAUAUAUAUAUUUAUAAGCGAAUCAAAGAAAAAAACCGAAUAUGUCCACUUUGAUUUUUCUUGAAUAAACAAAACAAAAAAAAACCGGAGUUGAAACUUAGGAGAAUGAAAGUAGGAUUUAUAUUUGAUUUGAAUAGUUUCGUUUUUAAUGUUUAUGCUUACGAUACUGUAAUACUACUAUAACCUACUUUCUCAGUAAAAUAGUAAAAAAAAUGACAAGGAUUGCGAGUUGGAACUGGCAGCGCACCGAUUGUUAGUUGUAAAACGAAACUGAGCGAUUCAUGCCCGUCCCUUAGAAUGAUGCGGUCACCUUUUUUUUGUAAUACUGGGCCCUACAUAAAUACUUCUGAAACUGAACACACUUUUUGUCUUGUUUGAUUAUUCAAAUUCCCGACCCGUCUUUUCGUCUUUGCAUAUUUAUCUAGAAGCUGCGGCUCGGUGCGUCGGUUUGUGAAUAAUUAUUUAAUCGUAUCGUAACUUUUACAUAUACAUCGUUUAAUAGCGAACGUUCUACACUAAAUGAAGAUGACAGAGAUGGUUGUAUAACAUUUGUGAAAUGAGCUGAGGAGAUAUACCGAUUAGGUCCUUGCGAAUACCGCAGCAAAACCAAACGUUUGAAUUUUCAAUCAGAAAUUAUCUUUCGCCACUGGUAUUUGUAUCGGUCUAGUGUUACUUCAGUUUGGAAAAUUCGUAUGUACCUGUAUUUGAUUGUUGUAUAAAAUAAUGUGUAAUUAAUAAUGGGAUAGAUUUUUGACGAGAUAACAAAAAUCUCUUGCGCGCAAGGCUUUCUCUGGAAAUCACGAUCUUUUUUUCUCUUCUAAGGUCACACAAUAAUCUAGAUUUGAAAGACUGUACUGAUCAAAAUGAAAAUAAAUGAAUUGUGGAAAUGA